GUUAAAAUUAAAAAGUGUCAUUCUGUGACAUAUGUAUGUAUAUACAAAUCAUAAGGUUUUGUUUACAUUUUUAAAGUUUUUUUUAUAUAAAAAUGGAAAAUACCCCAUUAUAUAUGGCCGCUUUUUAUCAAAGGCGUGCUGAUAGACAUUUAAGACACAAUAGAUUUGAUGAAGCUAUUUUAUCUUUGGAAGAAGCACUACAAUGUAUUGCAAAAGCCCAUGUUGAUGUAAAGAUUUCUUCAGCUCUAAAAGUUGUUGAAGUUUUAGACAAUGAAUAUAAGAGACAGGUGGAACGUAUAAAAUUGCAGAAAUUGUAUUAUGAAGGUCACAAAAAUUCACCAAAUGAUCAAAAAAUUUCCGUUGGUGAAGAAGCUGUAGAAUAUAUAAAUUCAGAAAAUCUUGUUACGAAUUCAAGUGAACUAAAAUUAGUAAUAGAUAGAACAAUUCAAGAUUUUGAUGCUCGAUAUUCUAAUAAAUCAAACAUUUACAAAAUUAGUAAUAAAGAAAAUGUAGAACAAUUUGAUACUUGUCAAAAAGAGAUUGGAGAUACUAAGCAUUUACAAAUAUAUGAAGAUUUAGAUGUAGAUUUACCACCGUUGGAAUUGCCUACUUUUGAUUUUAGCAGUUUCAGAAAAAAUGACGAUUGAACUUGAUAAGUCAAUACAGUUAAUUUUUAGUUUUGGUUCAUAUAUUAUAAACAAAAAUUUAAACUUAUAUCA